AGCUACCUACUGCACCAUUAAUGGUAUCGAUAUUGCGACGCCUUCACCACAUGCGCCAGUUUUUUCCAUAGCGCUUGAUUACCUCCACCACAUGCUCAUGCUCAGCUGAAGUCAAUGCCCGGGAAUGGCGCUUUCCCCACGAAAACCAGAUGGCCUCUGCAAUAGAAAAAUCCUCAUCGCAUCAAGGGCAGGAGAAAAAUAAAGCCCUCAGAGUCAACGAUCCGAUCGUUUGCUCUUGCCAACGAAAGGAACAGGAGAACGACCGCGUUGAGAACAGCUCGAUGUGAAUAAGAGCUCAGAGCUGGUCGCCUUCAUAUCUUCGCAUUUCGUUAGAGUCUGCAAUUGAAGCUUGAUUGUGGAAUAGCGAAGAUGCAUUCGAUGAAUCAUUGGGGCGGGACGUUCGAGAUCGGCGCGGAGGGGACGACGGACGACGAGCAUAGCCGGAAUAUGGACUUGGACCGGGCGGCGCUUUCACGGCAGCAGCUGGACGAGACGCAACAGAGCUGGCUGCUGGCGGGGCCGCAGGAGUCGAAGAAGAAAGACAAGUACGUCGAUCUAGGCUGCCUCAUCGUCAAGCGCAAGGUCCUCAAGUGGAUCCUCUACGGCUUCCUCUUCGCCGUCAUCGUCAUCGCCGUUCCCAUCAUAAUCGCCAAGUCCAUCCCCAAGCACAGGAAGCCGCCGCCGCCGCCCGACCAGUACUCGCAAGCCCUCCACAAGGCGCUCAUGUUCUUCAACGCGCAAAAAUCUGGUCGGCUGCCCAAGAACAACGGCGUGCCGUGGCGUGGAGACUCUGGGCUCAGCGACGGGUCGACGCUCGACGACGUGAAGGGUGGUCUGGUCGGUGGUUACUACGACGCUGGCGACAACAUAAAGUUCCAUUUCCCCAUGGCGUUCUCGAUGACGCUGCUGAGUUGGUCCGUGGUCGAGUACAGCGACAAGUACAAGGAUCUAGGAGAAUACGACCAUGUCCGAGACCUUAUCAAAUGGGGAACGGAUUACUUGCUCAAGACCUUCAACUCUUCAGCUACCACCAUCAGCAAGAUAUACAGCCAGGUUGGUGUGGCGACAAACGCGUCGACGACGCCCGACGAUCACUACUGCUGGAUGCGGCCGGAGGACAUGGACUACCCCCGGCCGGUGCAGCAGGCCAGCUCGGCGCCUGACUUGGGAGGGGAGGUCGCGGCGGCCCUGGCGGCGGCCUCGAUCGUGUUCCGUGACGACGCAGCGUACUCGAAGAAGCUGCUCCGGGGCGCGGCGGCGGUGUAUAAGUUCGCGCGCGACCCGGGGCACCGCACGCCCUACAGCCGGGGGAACCUGGCCACCGAGCUGUUCUACAACUCGACGGGGUACUGGGACGAGUACAUGUGGAGCGCGGCGUGGAUGUAUUACGCCAGCGGUAACGGCAGCUACGCCCUCUUCGCCACCGACCCCCGCCUGCCCAACAACGCCAAGGCCUUCAUGCAGAUCCCCGACCUCGGCGUCUUCAGUUGGGACAACAAACUGCCCGGCGCCCAGCUGCUCCUCACCCGCCUGAGGCUCUUCUUGAACCCUGGCUACCCCUACGAGGAGAGCCUCAGCCGCUACCAAAAUGCUACCGGCCUCAACAUUUGCAUGGACCUUCAGAGAUUCAAUGUCUUCAACUACACGCCAGGUGGACUAGUGCAACUAAAUCACGGCCGGCCUCAGCCACUGCAAUACGUCGUGAAUGCUGCCUUCCUCUCCUCCCUGUACGCCGAUUACUUGGACGCUGCCAACGUGCCUGGCUAUUACUGCGGCCCUUACUACUUAUCUACCGACAACCUUCGGAGCUUCGCUAGAGCUCAGGUGAACUACAUCUUAGGAGACAACCCAUUGAAGAUGAGCUACGUUGUGGGGCACGGGAACAAGUACCCGAAGCACGUCCACCACCGAGGGGCGUCCAUCCCUCACAACGGCGUCAAGUACUCCUGCACCGGCGGGUACAAGUGGAGAGACGCCAAGACCGAUAAUCCCAACACCAUCAUUGGAGCCAUGGUCGGUGGUCCCGACCGGAAUGACCGCUUCUCGGACGUACGAACCAACUACGGGUACACGGAGCCGACGAUGGCAGGCAAUGCAGGCCUCGUCGCGGCGCUCAUCUCCCUGACGACCACCACAGGCAGUGCCGGCGUCGACAAGAACACCAUCUUCUCUGCCGUGCCGCCCAUGUACCCUGCAUCGCCGCCCCCUCCAACACCUUGGAGUCCGUGAGGGGAAAGUGGGAUUGCUCCAUGCGAGACUUUAUAGUUUUCUCUUAUCCAUCAUGCAACUAUUGCUCGGUUUCAUUUGUACAAAAUGAUUCAAUAACUUCGAUCAGGAACAGUUCAAAGCUCUUUAACCAUCUCCACAAGCCAGUAAGUAAAAUGAAAUAGCUACUCAGACACGACUCGAGGAUGGUUUAUUUCCAACCGUA